CUUCAGUAGCUCUUCACUUCCAGCAGAGUUUCUAUGCAGCAGCUCAAAGUGCUUUGAACUGUCCAGAGGGGAUGUAUUGGAUUGACUAUUUCUCGGACACGUAGAUGAAAACGUAAACGGAGUCACGGUAUAGAGACGUAUAACUUUAGCUUCAAGCUUAUAUUGGAUAUUUAACCUUAAUGUUAGUGAGCUAACUUAGUGGCAGUUUAACCUAGCUAAUGUUAGCAGCAAGCUAACUAAACUAAAUGUAAACUUUUUGUUUUGUAGCUUACGUGUGAUUACCAAAAAACUACAAAUACAUACACAAAUCUUAUGUAAACUUUAAUACUUUGAAGCAUCUAUCCAUUGUUAACAAGCUAUCCUGAAGCUGGACAUUCACAUUCACAUGUGUGUUUAUCUUUUGAUAACUAAAGCAGACAAAUGACUCAUCUGCUGUCUACCAUGGAGUAUGAUACACAUAAUGCAUUGACAGUCAGUGCUCUCAGUUUGUAGGAACUUUUACUAAGUGAAUAGUUAUAGUUUAUUAGCUAUUCAUUCGCUAUGGCAAGUGCCUUUGCAGCCAAAAUGGGAUUUAACUCUCUGAUGAGAAAACAAGCCAGAAACUUCAACGUGAGGAUCUGCACCAUGGAGUCAGACAUGGAGUUCAGCUGUGAGGUCAAGUGGAAAGGAAAAGACCUGUUUGACUUUGUGUGCCGAACUCUGGGACUGAGGGAGACAUGGUUUUUUGGGCUCCGGUACGACAUCAAGGACACAGUUGCCUGGCUGAAAAUGGAAAAGAAGGUUCUGGAUCAGGAGAUACCAAAGGAGGACCCUAUCACUUUUUACUUCCUGGCCAAGUUUUACCCUGAAAAUGCCGAGGAGGAGCUAGUGCAAGAUAUCACACAGCAUCUCUUCUUCCUACAGGUGAAGAACAAGAUCCUGGGGGAGGAGAUUCACUGUCCACCGGAGGCCUCUGUGCUGCUGGCCUCCUACGCUGUCCAUGCCAAGUACGGAGACUACGACCCCAAUGUUCACAAACCUGGCUUCUUGGCUGAGGAGGAACUGCUUCCAAAGAGGGUGAUUAACUUGUACCAGAUGACUGCAGAAAUGUGGGAGGAGAGGAUCACAGCGUGUUACGCAGAGCACAGGGGCCGGACGAGGGAUGAAGCUGAGAUGGAGUAUUUAAAAAUAGCUCAGGACCUGGACAUGUAUGGCGUCAAUUACUUUUUAAUCAGGAAUAAAAAGGGAACAGAUCUUCUUCUGGGAGUGGACGCCCUGGGUCUGCACAUCUACGAGCCGGACAACAGGCUGACACCCAAGUGCUCCUUCCCUUGGAAUGAGAUCCGCAACAUCUCCUACAGCGACAAGGAGUUCACCAUCAGACCUCUGGACAAGAAAACCAACGUUUUCAAGUUCAACUCUUCACGGCUCAGAGUCAACAAGUUGAUCCUCCAGUUGUGUAUCGGGAACCAUGACCUGUUUAUCCGCCGUCGGCGGGUCGACUCACUUGAAGUACAGCAGAUGAGGUCUCAGGCCAGAGAGGAGAGGGCCAGAAAACAGGUAGAGAGGCAGCGUCUGCAAAGGGAGAAGCAGCUGCGGGAGGAGGCAGAGAGAGCCAGAGACGAGCUGAAAAGGAGGCUGAUUCAGGUGCAGGACGAGGCUCACAUGGCCAACGACGCGCUGCUGCGUUCGGAGCAGACGGCGGACCUGCUGGCUGAAAAGGCCCAGAUCGCGGAGGAGGAGGCUAAGCUGCUGGCCCAGAAAGCGGCCGAGGCCGAGUCGGAGAUGCAGCGCAUCAAAGUGACCGCCAUCCGUGGCCAGGAGGAGCGGCGGCUCAUGGAGCAGAAGAUGCUGGAGGCAGAGAUGCUGGCCCUCAAGAUGGCCGACGAAUCGGAAAGGAGGGCCAAGGAGGCUGAGCAGCUGAAACAGGACCUGCAGGAAGCCAAGGAGUCAGAGCGCAGGGCGAAGCACAAGCUGCUGGAGAUUACCAGCAGGGCCCUGUAUGCGUCCCCUGGACUGCCAUCUGACAGCAUGCCUCCCGACCUGAGCUUCAGCAGGGAGAACCUCAGCUUUGACUUUAAAGAUACCGACAUGAAACGCCUCUCCAUGGAGAUCGAGAAGGAGAAGGUGGAGUACAUGGAGAAGAGCAAGCACCUGCAGGAGCAGCUGAAUGAGCUGAAGACAGAGAUCGAGAGUCUGAAGAUGAAAGAGAGGGAGACUCCUCUGGACAUCAUCCACAACCAGAACACCGAGCAGGGGACCAGCAAGCACAGCAACUUUAAAAAGCUGACACUACAGAGCACCAAGUCCAGGGUGGCCUUCUUUGAGGAACUUUAAUCUACAUACCUGUAAAGGUGAGAAUGCACAACUGCAAAGAGCCUCCUGAUUCUACAUUCCUGGUCAGUUUAAAUGAUUGGCCUCACUACCAAGACCUUAUGCUCCACUUCCUGGGAAACCACUAUGAACACACAAAGAAAACGACCACUGCCUUCAUCUGCACCAACUCCAGGGGCCUCAUAUGUUGUGUACGCACAAACAAGGAUGCAUAAUGCUCCUGCACUAAAUCUGGGAUUCAUAAAAAACAUUUGAGUGUGUGUUUACAGUAAGAGUGUGUGAAAUACAGCACAUUCUCUGUGAAUAUUUCGAAAGGGGAAUUUGUGUGUGUGGGAUUUAUUAAUGUCAAAGAACAAAGGUAGACGAUGCAUAAAGAAAUAGAAAUGGUCUUUGACUGCUCCGGUUCCACUGUGGCUCUAAUGAGACAGUAUUUGUGGAGUUUAGAAUGGUUAUUAUAUCAUGUCCAAAUGGGGUGACCUACAUUAUUUCACUGCCUUACUGUUUUGAAAUUCAAACAGAAGUAAACCACUAAGGGAUAAAGUUGAACAAGAGAAUUAAGUGAUUAUAUGGCUGAUAGUUUACCCUUACCCUGACUCAAAUAUUUGAUAUUUAGUGGCUAUAGCCCACCUAGACUGCCCAUUUGAUUCAUAAUGCCAACAAAUCCCUCCAUAUAAUAUAUUCUUUCUUUACUUAAUAACUUUAUGCUGCCUUAGUUUUCUUGUUUCAAUGGAUUUUUUUAUAAUGAAAAAUUGAAUGUUCAAGCAGCAAAAACAGGGCAUUUCUUUGCAUAAUACAUUUAAACAGCCAUUUAUUUCUAAUAGUGGGAGUUGAUGGGCUGUGGUGGGUAUUAAUGUUCUCUACACAAAAAUCCACUUCUGUGAUUUAUAACCGUAGACUGUAUAAAAUAUAGACGUAUUCUCCGUGACCUCACCCAUGGGUGUUGGAAGAGCCGUUGUGAAGCUCAAAGCGGGUGGCUAAGGCCGUUGCCAUCUUGGCAGUGACGACACAGCCUAACUCCCGGCUAAUCCACAGAGGUGGAUUGUCAGUGGAGCUGAGGCGUGACGCAGCAGAGCAGACUGCUAGCAGCUAGCGACCUGAGACGGCACCCACCUGUCACUCAAAGCGGCCACGCCCUAAAUUAUGCCGAACUUUAAGCCUUAUGGCACAGACACACCAACCCAACAUCAAAGAACUAGCGGCGAUGAAGGACAACUGUUGCGUCGCCUCAAGUUGCACUUGAACACACCACAACGACUACAGCCGAUGGUCAGUUAGCACGUACGUUGCUAACUGCGGCUGCUAGUGGUGUGGUUGCAGAUUGCAACCAACCGAGUACCCCUCCGCUCACCCCUCCCUUUCCAAGACUGCUGUAACGUUAGCCGCUGUGUGUAAAACCGUGGUAACGCUGUUGGCCUCAGAGGCCAUCCUUACCAUAAUAACACUACUUAUACACUACUAGGAGCAACGAUAGUCAGACGGCAGCUGGUGAUAGCACAGUUCUCUGCUGCUCACGUUACCGCACAAGUGUGUCAGAGAACAACAGCGGACUUCAGGUCACGUAAAAACAUGAGUGUUAAGUUUGUCCGUUCUGGGCUACUGUAAAAACACGUCGGAGCAGCAUGGCUGACUCCAUGAAGAGGACCCGCUCCUUAUGUAGAUAUGAAGGGCUCAUUCUAAGCUAACAGAAACACAAACUAUUUUUUGUUUCAGGUGAUUAUACACUAAUAAAAACAUG